GGGCGUAGCCGUCGCCUCAGCCUCGGCCGCCCGCGCCGAGCCCGCUGCCGCCCCCUCCGCCGGGCCCUCCUCCGGCGGCCUGGCGCCUCCCUCCCUCCCCGCCGCGGUGACUCACGGAGCGGGAGGCGGAGGCUGAGGCGGCCGCUCCUGCUGCUGCUGCUGCUGCUGCUGCUGCGAACGCCGCUGCCGCCGGCUGCUCGGGCUGAGCGCGCCCCGGAACAGGCCGCCGCGCGCCGCGCUCCGGACCCGCAGCCGCCGCCGGCCCGGCCGGGUCGGGCGGCCCAGGGCGGCACCUUCCUAUUUCUCCCUGGCCACUGCCCUCUCCUCAUAGUAGAGCACCUAUUGGCCUGAGUGAAUUUCCAGGAGCAGGAGUUCCCAGAGCUGGGCCAGGGGGAUGAACCGCGAGGGAGCUCCCGGCAAGAGUCCGGAGGAGGUGUACAUUCAGCAGAAGGUGCGAGUGCUGCUCAUGCUGAGGAAGAUGGGAUCCAACCUGACGGCCAGCGAGGAAGAGUUCCUGCGCACCUACGCGGGCGUGGUCCACAGCCAGCUCAGCCAGCUGCCACAGCACUCCAUCGAUCAGGGUGCAGAGGAUGUGGUGAUGGCGUUUUCCAGGUCGGAGACGGAAGACCGGAGGCAGUAGCUGCAAACCCCUUGGAGCACCCUGGAAGCUGUCAAGGGGCAAGAUCGGUGCAGCUCCUCGGCCAGCCGAGUGACAGGAGACCACCCUUCCCGUCCCCCUGCCCGCCCCCUGCCCGCCCCAUGGCCACUCAGCUCAGCGGGGCUGCCACUGGGGGAGACACUCGUGGUGCGCUUAUGACUGGCUGAGGACUUGUGAUUGGCUGCAGGAAGAAACCUUUUCAUUUUUAAAUCUUGACCAAUGGAAACCUUU